UGGUAACUUUUGUUUAAAAAGUAAAGUCACCCCUAUGACUUAUAACCCAAAACUCACUCAGGUGAAAAUGAGUACCUAACGUCAAAUGGAGAUCCUGUGUAUUGUGAGAGCCCCACCCUGAGCACGUAGAAGAACCUGCCACACUUAUUGAAAAGAGUAGGGGACCUUCCUCGUGCGAGUGGAUCAAUCCUUUCCUGCUAAAUGGAGAAGGGAAUUUCCCUAGUAGGAUUGUAAUCCUUGUUUCGUAUUGAGUCAGUCAAACUUACUGAAACUCGAUGUUUCUGACUUGGGGAGAAGAGAUGUUGCUACAGUGAGCAUAAUUUGGUAUCCAGAAGUGCUCAAUGGCCUUUUACUGAGCAAACCCGGUUGACAUGAUGUAGAGAGUCCAGUGACGCGCAAUUAAACUGGUUCCUUCCAUUUCUUACCUCCUCCUGUACCCCCAGAGGCUAUGUGCACUAGAAGUACCUACAUUUCUCUUCAGAAGAAAGAUAGCAGAUCAUGUGAUUCUCCUAUUCAAGAUAACACACGGGCUCGACAUAUGCCGAAUCACAAAUCACUGUUAUCUGUGCAUCAGAUCAAUGUUCACGCCUAGUUUGGCAACUACCAGGAGGUAAAAUUAGUACAAGUACCAAUUACAAAGCUCCAAGGGCCCAAGAGAUCAUUCUUUACCCGCAAGAGUGAUCCCAAUGUGGAACAAGCUUUCUGAACAGUGACUAGCAGCUCAGUUAACGUUUUCAAAUCAAGCCUGGCGGCCGAGUGGACUACACACAAUGAGUUAUAUGACUACGAGUUUUCAUUAUGAGCCUCUAGUCGGCAGACAAGUUGGAAGAAAGGAAGGAGGGAAGGAAAUAAGGAGGAAGGAAGGAAGGAAGGAAUGAAAGAAGGAAGAAAGGAAGGAAGGAAAGAAGGAAGGAAGGAAAGAAGGAAGGGAAGAAGGAAGACUUUCUAUUUCUUCAAGGUGAAUAUUCAAGGUGAACGUUAACAAAUCAAAGGCUGAAUAAUCUUGUCAGAGAGAUAUAGGACGUAAAAACAGUGAACUUCUUACAAGGAGAGCUUGGUGAAAUGAAAACGGUAAGUAGCAAGAACGUGGACAAAAUAAUUGGGACAAGACAUCAUGACCAACAAUAAUAAGGGGACUGAGAUAGUGAUGGAGUACAUUGAGAACCAGUCUCGAAAAACAAUAUCAAUUUCUACGGGAUCAAAGACGGCAAGAAGCAGACAUGGGAACAAUGUGAGGUUAAGUCUGAACACUGACGCAAUAGAAAUCAAUCAUGUCAUCGUAAUAGCAGACCGGGAGAACGACCAAGGCAUAGUGAAAUUCUCACGCUUUAAGGACAAGAAGAGCACCUUAAGACAUGCAAAACUGCUGAAAUGUACAUUGAUUUGCAUCAACGAAGACAAUUCGAAAAGGGUCAGACAAAAGAGGAAAGACUUACUACUAGAGGUACGGGCAGCCAGAGAACAAGGUCAAGUGACUCACAUACGGUAUGAUAAACUUGUAAUCUCCUAUCGCGGGACUGCCAACAACAAGGACUGUACGAUACCACCCAUAUAAAGUCGUGCUCUUGUUGAUGUUUAAGAGCAAAUGUCUGUAAGGAUCAAACAAUGGUGGCAAAGGUAAAAAAUGGAUUUGGCUCAUAUUAUGCACAGUGAUAGUAUUUGGUCCACAACCCCUCGAAAUAGCUUUCUUUCUUUUUAAAAUUCCUUGUUGCCAUGGUAACGGGCCAACAAAAUUUUCUGGCCAUUUUCCCCAAUUUCGAAUCCCGAAAACACGGAAAUCGCCAUAAUUUACGGCAUUGUCACCCCAACACCUAUUAUUGCAUCGUCAAAACAAGAUCUGGAUAGACGAAUAUUUUGGCUUUUCUGAAAUUGUUGUCGAAUUUCCAACGAAAUAAAAUUGAGUUCUCGGGCAGCAUUAAAACAAUACAAUAUUUAAAGCUUCAAAAUAACAUAUUUUUUGGUCCAACUUUGUAACGCUCUGGUCAAUGUUUUGCGUCUAACGAAAAUUGUGAAUUUUAGCCAUGUUCAAAGUACUACACGUGACAAAGUGAAACAGAAUUUUAAGUCAACUUUUUGUCAAAGAAAGAGCUAUGUAUUGCCUAUUUAAUAAAUGCUUGAAAAGUUUUAGAUCGUGAUGUUUAGUAACGUGGUUGUCCCUGAAAAUAGGCCACUUUUGCGUUUGGCAAAAUUUGUUAAUUUUAAAGUGUUUUAUUUAACAAAGUAAAUUUGAAUUCUGAUUCAUUUGCUUGUCAAAGGGAGGCUUAAGUAUUGCCUAUCUCACUAAAUAUGGAGUCUCCGGAGGAUGUCAACCGUAAAAUUUACUUGCUUUGGCCUUACUUGGAAGCAAUGUUUGCUACAUAUUCGAGAGUAUGUGCAUUUUUGCUCGUAUAAUUCCGCUCUGUUUAUGUUCGCAAGCCACUGCCCUCCGCCUUUCUUCCGACAGCACUCUCGCUUUUCCCCUUGAUUUUCAAUUAUUUGGGGAAUUCUGGAAUAAAGCUAUAUUCUGUGACUCGUUAGGAAUUGUGACCUCAGCCAUAUAUACCACACAAACGACUGCCAUUUUACUUUUUAGCGUUUAAAUAAAAGAUAAAUAAAAUACCUUCCACCCUGAACGAGCGCACAACUGAAGAGACAGAUCGAAUGUCAAAACAUAUCAUUCAACAUGGCCGCCGUUCCGGUCGAACGUCAUUGUGACGUCAUGUAAAAACGUUCUAUUGGAAAAACAGGUCGUAACAAACAUUAUCUUAUCUUUAUCUGCACUUUUUGUUACAUUUGUGUAGCAUAGCUUGUUGAAGUUUUCUGGGAAUACCUAUUUCUACUGGUUCCAGCCAAUGCAGGUAAUAUGAUGACGCCAUCAUUAUAUCAUAUUACGGCAUGAUAGCGUCAAAUUUCUUAAGAUGUAUUGAUAUUAUCUCAACAUUAUUUUUUUAAAUUUCCAAACGCACGGUCUGAAUAUGGUUAAAGGCCGACUUCAGACCUGUUUCAUGUAAAAAAGAAUAUAAUUGUGAUAACAUAGCAUGUGGUGUGGUGACAAAUUUUAUCAUAUUUUUGUUGAUAUUCCUAAUACUUACUUUCAAUGAAUUUGUGUAAUCAUUGUCAAUACUAGAUGCAGUUUAAGUUUAUGUCUUCCUUUCCUUCCACUUAUGUAAGCCACAACAUAUUGCCAAUCACUGCCAUCUUGCUGUCGCCGAAUCACGGAAACAAGGGCCACAUUCUCAUCUGGAGACAGCGGACCAGUUUUCUGUAAAAAAAAACUGUAACGUUGACUGCUGUUAAAAUGUCUUGGGGCCUCCUACUUUUGGCCCUGACUGGGUUUACCGGCUGAGGUUGUUGAACUAAAAAUACAGGCGUUGAUGUUCUGUUGUUUUGACCCAUCACCUUUAUUUAUUUUUUUUUUUUGCAUAGUGGCUCAUUGCUUUCAGCUCUUGGCUUUCAGAAGUGCACGGUUUUGUUUACAAUGACGACCGUUGGCAGGAAGAGAAGAGCUGCGUUUGUGACGGUUUUGCUGAUUUCCAUAACGACUUGGACGUUUCACUAUCGACGACUCCUGAGCUGGAUGCAGGACGCUACCGACCAUCAGGAUGUUACAAAGCCGGCAUUUCGUAUUGUCCUCCCUAAAUCCAAGUUUAAUUCUGUCCUCACUGAACAAACAGUGAAAACAUGUCUCCCCAAGAAGCCUUUUAUCGACCGUACCACACACCCAAACAACACAAAAGCCGUCGUAUUGAACAGGAAAGCACUGUAUCACCGAGGUGACGUCUUAACCGCGAGUGUGGUGGCAAGAGACAAGAAAGGAAGGCCGAAGACAUACGGAGGGGACUUUUUCCGUGCCAGGCUGGUCAGCAGUGACCGUUCGCUACAGACCAGCAGUGCCGGCCAUGUCACGGACCACUGUAACGGCACCUACACCGUGGAGUUCCCGCUCUACUGGGUAGGAAGAGUCUCGAUAAAGAUCCAGCUUGUCCAUGUAAGCGAGGCAGUGGCGGUUCUACAGCGAGUGCGGGAAAUUCCAAACAAAAGAGUUUUCUACUGCACUUUCUAUGAUUCAAAAACGAAUACUUCCGAAACACAACGAUGCUACAGCUCUACCAACGCUAAUAUACCGCACCAUCAACUGUGUGAUUUUUCCAAACAAGAGGCGAAGGCAACCUGGAUUUGCCAGAAACCGGAAAAAAACCCGUGUUCUACCCUUGGGCAGUGCAAGUUUGACGCGGAUCAGAGCUACAAAAGGGCUGAGGAUCUGCUGUCUAAAAAGGAAAACACACUUUUUAAAAAACCAUAUCUUGAAACAGAACUUGAACUAGUCACCAAGAAGCCCAUUCGCGUACUUGAGAAGGAACUACCGGUAAUUCAGCACCUGCCACCAUGUACAGGGAAUACAUCUUCAUUCGAAUACUGGUCAGGCAACGUCUCGAAAUCGUCAGCCUGCAAUGUCCGAGUCUUCACGAGAGAAAACACCCGGCGGUGUCUGGCUAACAAGACCAUAUACCUUCAUGGCGACUCCACUAUGCGGCAGUGGUACGUUCGUCUACAGCAGGUAGUGCAGUUAAAGGGCAUUGCCAGGGCAUGGGCAGCUAAAUCUGGUGGAAACAAACUAUCACAUGACGGGGGAAAGUACAACACCCAUUGGAACAUCUCAGUUCAUUACCGGUUCCACCACUUCCCUUUUCAAAUAGGCCAUUGGGAUUUCUUUAACAAUUACCGGUACUUGGCCGACGUGCUUGAUGAAAUUCAAGAAGGCCCAAACAUGGUCAUAGCCGUCGGUCUAUGGGCUCACUUUACCUCAGAGCCACUGGGCAUGAUCCGGUCCCGACUUUACGCCAUACGGGGCGCAAUACACCGUCUCCUGCACAGGAGUCCCGGCACGCGAGUUUUCGUGAGAACUGGAACAACACGAGAACACCACGCCGGAAGACUGGCGUACUACUUGAUAGGGAGCGACUGGCUCGCUUACCAGGUUACCGAGGUUAUACGAGAGGUGUUCCGAGCUGAUCCAGGCGUGGUUGUGUUGGACACGUGGGACAUGAGCGUGUGUCAGCCGGGAUCAGACAGCAUUCACCCAGAUCAAGCUAUGGUUGAUAGUCAACUAAACAUAAUGCUAUCACAUAUAUGCCCAACAUAGAUCUUUGAGGCUGUGUGAGGUGGUUUAUGCCUAUCGCCAAAUUCGGUGACAAACGUUACCAACACGAGUACGAUGGUUGCCAUGGUUAUAUUAUGAUUAUAUUAUAUACGCAUUAAACAUAUAUUUAACAAAAUAUCAUACAUUAACAUAUAAUAUUCCAGCAAGUUUUUAUUGAUGACGUCCUCUGCAGACGGCAAAAAAUAGUGAGAUGGCUAAAUUUCCCAAUUAUACGCACUAAAUGUAAACAAAAGAAUUGAAGCGAAGAAACAUGCUUUUACAGCCUACAAGUCAUUGAUUUCUGUAUUCAAGACGUGUACUAAUGUGUGCAAAUCCAAAGGCUGCAAAUUACACCCAAAUACCCGAAAAUAUUACCAGCACAUCAUCCCUACCGAAUUUGGUGAUCGUUACACAAGCCGUUUUGAACAUCCGAAGAGCCGUCAAAAGGAUCCCAAAAUAGCCCAGUCUAAAUAAGGUUAAGAUCUGAAAACCGUUUCAUCAUUGUUGCUGAACAAUGUUUAUGUGUUUAUGUGACUUUACAUUUGGGACGGCAAUAGCUCAGUAUUGUUGCUCAAUAGUUUUAUCUUAUUUUUUUAGUUUCUUUUCCUGUAUAUACAUGUACAGAAAAAAUACCUUUGGAACGGCAUCAUCUAACCAUUGUUACCCUCCAAUAUUUAUAAUGUAACAAUUCUUUAAGUUUGUGACUGCAUCACCUAGCUCCAGCGCACAGUAAGUCAGUUUAGCCCUGAUAAAAAUAACAGAUUAUCGUCGAAACGUUGGCUCUUAAUCAAACCCAUGGUUGUGCAUAAAAAAGUUGUAAUAAAAAAACAAAGUCCUUUUUUGUUCCUUACAUAGUUCUUUUGUACAUUAAUCAUGAUAAAGAGAAGAUGUCGUAGAUGUAUAAGCCAUGAAUAUCUUUUACUAUGAUUUGCUCAAUAGAAAUAUACGCUAUUCAAAUAAUAUGUAUUUUAUUCAAACUAAACUCUUCUAAUGAAAUACAUAUUCUAAAAAGGAAACUACAGAAUAGUGUUGAAAAGGGCAGAUAUUAAAUGUUACAUUGAUUAACAAAAUCCGUGGAUAGACAAGAGUUCGGAUACCUUAUAUCUGCAUAAAAAAAGUUUAAUCAAACGACUCAAAUAUACAUAAUCGAUGCUUGGUCAUGCAAACCUUUGAAGAACAUGCACCGUUCGCAAGUAUUAUUAUUCAAUCUUUUAUAUACUACGUAGAUUUAGGGUUGCAACUUUACAUUAAUUAUGGUAAUUAGGGACGAACUUGCAACAUCAAUACCGAAUAAAAAUUAGUAACGAAUGUUUCACCAGCUACAAACUAAAUACAAAACAGGUAUUUGAGUUUAUGUUACAGCUAUUUUCUUACAGAAAUAAAAUCUUAUGCUAUGUAGAAUAUUUUUUCAUAUUUAAUUAUGCAUAAAUUAUGUUAAUGUGAUGACGCAAUGGACAUACAUCUAAGAUGGCGGACCGUAUGAGCAGAUCAAGUAUAACUUUCUUAUUAUCCCUAAUAAGCUGUAACUACCUGGUGUUCUUCCUGCGCUGUGAUUGGCUUGUCCAUGUGAAGCUAUCUAUGUAAGGCAAAAGCUGACUAAUUACUGCGUAGUUAGACAGACUCAUCCGCAUAGCCUGGUAGAUCGGCGAAAGGUAAACUAUGAGUACAGAAAGAGAUGGGAGGGAGACACGAGAGGAGUGAUGUUUGGAAUUGGUACAAUUCUGAAAUGCUUGAUAUGUAUUUGCGUUAAGUUUGUAAGAUAACGAACGGAUUUUAUUAAGGCUGGUUUUAAUGUAUAGAAAUGUGAAUGGCGGCGCAAUUCAGCGUAGUACUGCUGCUAUGCCGUGCAUCUGUAAUAAAACGUGUCAAAUUUGUCUAGACGAGGGUCGAACAAUUUCAGUCCUCCCUCCCCUCCCACCCAACAUCCGUUUUAACAGAGGAAAAUGGAUUCGAAUCAUUUCGCCGCGCGACUCCAGGCACUACCCCAUAGCUUCAUAUGGAUGAGCCGGUCACUGCGCAGGAAUAAUAGGUAACUAUUCUUUCAUCAAAAAGCGUUUAAAUUAACCUUUGUAGUCUAAUUUCCGUUGCCUUUUGCCAUUAUUUAUAGCUAAAAUGUACUUUUGAAAAUUCAAGGAGGUGAAUAUAAGAUGGCGGAGCCAAACUAGUAUCUAAGAUAUGCAUGAAGUCAUUUAAAAAUUAUAAUAGACACGAAACAACUGUUAGAUUACUUAGAUAUAUAGAAUAGCCUACCCCCCUCAAGAAUGGAACAGCCCAGGGUGGAAUGUGGAGUUUCCGAGAAUACACUCACAUGGACUUAGAUGUGUGUGUCAGUGUGCUUAUUUAUCCCUGAGUAAAGAGGGA